AUGGACAAGGGCAGUCACUCAGCUGCCCCGACCAAGCUGUCCGUUUACGGUCUCAUCCGUCAUCGUCAAUGCCGGUCCGUUCCUCUUUCAUCUGAAUCUUCCUCCGACAUCACCUCCGACGUCGUCUUCCACGUUCUCGGCCAACAAGACUUUCCCGUUGCGGAACCUUCAAUUUUGUGCGCAUUAGAAGAAACGCCAGGCGCCUUCGUCUACUUCAUUGUAUAUUCAAUUUCUUCAUGUCAAGCUGUCAACUACCUGCUUGCCCCGGUCUUCUCAGUGGUCACUCACAACCUCGUCCCCUACCUCAGUCCUCAACGGGUCAACACCACUAUCAAAGAACAUACUGAAGCUGUAAACUUCACAAGGGUCCCCUUGAGAGACCCAACCGCCGGCACGAUAGCGUCCCAACUACGUAUCCAGUCUAUCCUCUCCCCCGCCGAUCCGCCGGACGCCGAUGAAGCUUCGGCUAUCUCUACAGCGCCAACCGAUUCUACUCCAAAACGAAAGUUUAACGACGCCUUUGCCGUGCCGGUCUCCGGCGAACCGUCUUCUAUACACCCCGCCGAGUCGGCUAUAGCACCCAGGCUUUAUCCCCACAACCGUUUACCAAACAUUCGCCAGCCGCUGCCUCAUAGCUCACCGCUCGCUACCGGGGGCGGCGGGCUUCGCAGGCACGGCCAAACACCUGAGGAUGCCAACAAGGUCUUGAUGACCUCCGCGAGUAUGGCGCCCACCCCCGAGAGCCCUGCGAGCCCUGGCAAGCAUGAUCUUAAAAAGGGAGCCAAACGUGCCCCUUUGCGCUCGAGUAUCGCCUGUCAACGCUGCCGAAAAUCCAAAAUCAAGUGCAACAACACGGGCGGUGACGCGCCUUGCGAUACCUGCAUUCGAAAUGGCAAAGAAUGCAUCUACCCUGACGUGGCGCCAGCUCCCCCAAAGCGGGCCGAGCCCCCCGCUGGUGUCAAGUCGGAGCAGGGUUCCGAGCGGAAGCGGCCGAGGAGAAUCGAUGAUAUUGCCAAGUUGGAGAGCGCCGUUCCGCCUGCCGCGUUUGCCGAGGAAGUUCUCACGGCUCCUUAUCUUACCGAGAGUGUGUGGUCAGAGAUCUUUGACCUGUACAAACUUCACUUUGCAACUGAGUUGCCCUUCCUCCACUUGGCAACCCUCAAGGAGAAAAUGGGAAACAGGUUCAGAGCCAAGCAGAGUGACACAUCUCCCGAGAUCAACCUCGUGCUCCUAGGCGUCUUAACCCUGACAGUACGCUUUAACCCCACGCUGGUAUCUUACGUUACAACGCUCAGGACUGCUUCUACUGUUUCGAGUGGUCCAAAGUCGCGCCAGCUUGGCAUCAGUAACGAUGCGACAGCCGCCUCCGAGUUCUAUGCUGAUGUUCUAACAAAGGCUUUGGGUGGGCUUCGAGCAAGCAUGACCAUGGCAUCCGUCGAAAGGGUUCAGGCCUUCCUGAUGCUAGGGCUGUACGAAUGGGGGCAGGCUCGACCCAAGGUGGGAGGCAUGGCGGCAUGGAUGUAUGUCGGGAUGGCUAUUCGCAUGGCUCAAGCUCUAGGUUUGGGCGAUGGCGAUAAAGAGGACAGCAAGACUUUCAGGUCCAGACCUAUGGAUGCUUCAAAAUUGUCCAUGUCAAAAUCGCAACUUAUCAUCGCUAAGGAAAUCAGGCGACGCACCAUGUUUAGCUGCUUGAUAUUGGAUCGCUUGUUGGGCUGUGGCAAGGGGCGUGCAUCAACAAUACGCUCUGAGGACUUGCGGAUCCAGCUUCCCUGUUCCGAGAUGUCGUUCGACCUAUCCGAAGAUGUCUAUACUGGGUUCCUCAAUCCUACAGCCCAGGAGAUAGCGAGAGGCCCUAUUUCCGACAGUGCCGACAGCGUCCUAUGUCGCUUCAUUCGACUGGUUGAUAUUUGGGGCGAAAUAUCAAAAUGGAGCUUUGCCGGCGGGCGCUUUACAGAACAACAUGCUCCUUGGAAGCGUGAGACAACAUUCCAUCAGCUCCGGGUGAAGCUCGAGACAUUUUAUAGCGAACUACCGGAGCGGUUUUGCUGGUCGAGGAGCAACUAUUACAAGCACGAGAACCACCAUGCCAGCAGUGUCUACGUCUCCUUGCACAUGCUUGGCGCGGUAUGUAAGAUUAUGCUUCAUCGCGAGUACAUACCGUUUAUUGCAAUUCGAUGCAAGAAGCCAGUCGGUCCUCUCGAUGAGCCUACUUUUGCCGAGGGCGAUGAACCGCCUGGAUUCUGGGACGAGAGCGCUGAAGAGAUCUUCAAAGCCGCUAGAGACAUUGUUGAUCUUAUCGAUAUCUCCCAACAGAAACUUCCCAUGUCGACGCUCGUCUUGUUUGCCGUUUGGACGGCUGCCUUUGUCGGAAUAUAUGCUGUUUACUUCCCGCAUAUCGAUGUCGAACGCCACAUGCUGCUGCCAGCAGAGGAAGACUCGGGGGUUGAAUUGGAAGAGAUCAAAAAGGGGCCAACAGGUCUGACAUACAAAACACUACAGCAAAUGGGCAAAUGGCUCAAAAUGGCGGACACAUACGUCCAAUACUUUCACGAUAUGGUACGGUACUAUGACACGGUAAAGAAGGACUACGAAGCUGCGACAAAGGCAGCGGGCGGGCCAGGUGGUGAGAAUAAGAUCAACGUUCGCCUUCUUGGUGGCGGCCUGGAGGAGUGGAAAUACCAAGGACUGAAGGUGGUCAACAAUGGCGAAAUUCUGGCGGUUGAUGAUGACCGACACAGUAUCUCUCGGGAUAGCACGCUCGAACCAACAUCCAGCAGACACGACGGCCAUCAUACGGACCACACCAAAACCCCAAGGUCAACAUCACUCUCAUUCACGCCCAUCAACACCACACAUCACCACCAGCACCAUCCAUCGCUGGAUUCAUCGGCAGACACCACCCGGACGCCAGACGGUGAAAACAUCUCUUGGCAUCAUCCCCAAUAUCAACGCCCAGUCACCGGCGGUAUCCCAAGCACCAGCAGUCAACACCAGUCCCCAUCUCAAUCAUCAUUUGCCGUUCCGAGUCCGCAGUUGGCGACGCUCAAACAAGCACUAGGCCCACCGCCGCCGCCAGCGCCUGCUGUCUCAGGCCCUGGUGCAGCAGGCUCGAUAUCGACGUUACCCAACAUACCGGUGUAUAACUCGUCAAAUGAGGUGAUGCAGUAUAUCCAGGAAAACCAGAGCAUACCGUGGAAUCAGUUGCCGGGCGGUGUCGACCACUUUGCGCACGGGACCGAUGAUUUCUGUUUUAGUGAGACGGGCAACGGGUUCUGGGGUUCGAUGCCUGAUGUUGUUAUGGGCGCCGGUACACAAGGUUAUGUGCCGCAGCCGAUUGUUGGGGUGGGUGGACAGCAGGGAGCUGGGUGGAGUGGGUUUAUGUGAAGAGGCAAAAAAGGAGAUUUGAGGCCGGAGUGGUGUAGUGACGGAAGCCCAGUGCCCCUUUUCUUUUCUAUUUUAGUCCGGAUCUGAUAUGGAUCAAGUCCGCAUGGCUUGUUG